AUGACAGUCCUCCGAGAGAGGAAGUUACGAAGCCGACGAAGCGUAUUCAACCUCUGGAUCCCAAGCAAAGUCGUUCAUUUCAGCAGCAGAUUCGAGCCGUCCCCUACCGAUUCUGCGGUUUCAGAUUCUCCGGCAUCGGAUCCUGCCUCCUCACCACGCGGGGGUAGACGCAGUCUGAAGGUACACUUGACUCGAAGUGGUUCCAAGCUUUUAUUUUUAUUUGGUCUCGGGGGCUCUUCAAGUGGUCAAAAAACGAGCGCCGAAUCUGGGUCAGGUGAAGAUGCUCAAAGCCCUGAGGGAAACCAUACUCCAGCUUCGGAUGUCGCAGAGAGGGGCAGCCCCGUCUCCACGGUGGGAGAUGCUUCCCCAGAAAGCGAAUCGCCGGAUGCCGCCCGUUCAAUAGAUGUUGAUCCGACGACGCCCGAUAUUCCUCCUGUGGACCCGACAGACUCACGGUCGCAGACACAUGCACCGGGCAAGACUGACACAAUUGGUGGACAGAGCGACGCGCAAGGGGACAGCAACGGGGAGAGUUGGGGCUGCUGCAAUGUUGACUGCGAACCACCCGCCACCUCAAACUCGAACUUGGUUGACAGGGUCUCUCAUCGCAUCUCUCAGACCUUUGGACAUCCAACAGUUAUUCGUCGAGUCCACCUGCGCUCCAGGCCAAGUAUUCCUUUCCCGGAAUCCCCAAUUCAGAGCGUUCCGAGUAAACAGGGUGAUGGUGCAGACGGUAGUUCGGAUCCUUCCACAAGUCCCAGUAGCAAUGAGUCCCCUGCCAUUGGAGCUUCGACCCUAUUGACCCCAGUCACAUCUGGAGAGACAUCAACGUCGUCGGGAAGCAAGAUCACGACGACGGAUAGUUCUUUCUUAGGUCACACCUCAGGCCAAAGUCCAUCUUCCGACAUCAGAUCACCUAUACUCGCACCAUCCAUUCUCACAGUGGAAUCUGUCUCAGCGGCUAAGGUAUACCUGGAGGUGUAUUUUAACUCGAUUUUUCAGAAUGUUGAUCCAAGAGUGCAUCGCCAGCAAGAGUUGGAGCAGCAUAUGUGUUCUUUCCAGCUUUCCCCCGAGGCACAGAAUGCGACCAGGAAAAACUGGCUUAUGCAGGAGAACGAGUAUCUUCGCCAAUGCCGUAUUGUGAAGACCAGAAUGAAGACGAAUCAACCUCGAGACUUGGUAUCAACUGCUGGCUACGAAACUAUCAAGAUUCUUGGCAGAGGUAGCUUUGGCGUGGUGCGUCUGGUACGCGAAAAAGAUCGUGAUGUUCCAAAGAACACUCCCCGAAACAGUAGUGAGUCGUCCUCGGAUCGAAACUUGGCCAAUUCCCGAAUGAGGUCUUUUGCAAUGAUCAGGUCCGCUGCUGAUGGGAACAAAAACGGCCGACGAAAGUUCAUGACUGGAGAGAAAAAAGAGGUAUACGCAAUGAAAGUGAUUCGGAAGGCUGAGAUGGUUCGCAACUCCCAGGAAGGUCAUAUUCGAGCCGAACGAGAUUUUCUUGUUGCAUCGGAAAAGUCUCGAUGGGUGGUUCCGUUGAUAGCCAGCUUCCAAGACAACACCAAUCUUUACCUCGUCAUGGACUACAUGGUUGGUGGAGACUUUCUUGGAUUGCUAAUCCGCAAGGACAUCCUUCGCGAGGAGUGGACCCGGUUUUAUGUCGCCGAGAUGAUCCUGUGCAUUGAGGAAGCCCAUCGCCUCUGCUGGAUCCAUCGUGAUAUAAAACCGGACAAUUUUCUCAUAUCCGCCUCUGGCCACUUGAAAAUUUCCGAUUUUGGGCUGGCCUUUAAUGGACACUGGUCUCACGAUCAGCGCUACUACCACAACCAGCGUUACUCUCUGCUGGAAAGUCUCGGCAUAUCCAUCAAAGGGGAUAGACAGGACCAGAUGCAAGCGGCGGCGCAAAAGGAUGGUGCUUCAGAGCCACUGUUGCAGGGAUUGGAUGACUUUUCAGAUUAUAAUCCGCCUCCACAAGACCUGCUGAACUGGCGGGAUAGCAAAGAGAGAAGAAGAUUUGCAAAGAGCGUGGUUGGGACCAGUCAAUACAUGGCCCCAGAGGUCAUCCGAGGCGAGAUGUACGAUGGCCGAUGUGACUGGUGGAGUCUGGGUGUCAUCCUAUACGAGUGCUUUUAUGGAUUUACGCCCUUCGCAUGCGACAAUCGUCAUGAUACAAAGCUUAAGAUCCUUCAACACACGAGGACAUUGCAGUUCCCAAGGGAGAAGCCAUCCGACAAGCUGGUAUCGCAGGAAGCGAUAGACCUUAUCAGUCGAAUUCUCCAGGAGCGAGAAUAUCGGCUUUGUUCUCCGAGAUACCAGGCAAAUAAUAUUCUAGUCGGCCGACCUGUCACACCGAAUUUCCUCUACUCUAUGGAUUCACAGUACCGGAACAUCGCAAGCUACUUUGUGUUUCCUAAUGACGCCGCUGAUAUCAAAGCCCAUCCAUUUUUCAGAGGAAUACGGUGGAAUGAACUUCAUCUGACCCAGCCACCAAUGAUUCCACGGGUCAAAAACUGGGAAGACACUCGGUACUUUGAAGACUGGAAGCCCAGCGGCAAUGGGAAGGAACACAUGGAGGACAGUGACUACGAAGAGACCGAUGAGAAAUCCGACGAGAAGCCUUCUGAAGCCCCUGAAAAACCCUGUGAUCUCUUCAUGGCUCAAAGCCUGCCUGAUCGACUGGUAUACGGUGUAGACGCUGCCGACGCCGUGGAACCUGCUGCGGAACCCGAGGGUCAAAAGGCACCCACUGCUCGCAGAAGGCGGGAGAGGAAACGACCACGCGACAAAGUUUUACGAGACAAGAAAGUGGGAAAAGCAGCUCUGGAGAUUCGCAAGGACUGCGCAUUUCUCGGAUACACUUACCGACGGCCAAAGGGUCCUGCACUAGCCCUCAUUCCGGAUCGUGGCCGCCGCAGAUUUGAUAGGAGCUUGCUGAUGGACCUCUACGCGUCGUGA